AUGCCUCUCACGACACCCCCUUCCCACAACUCUUCCGUCCGAAGACUCUGUUCCCGUCGACCUCGCCCAUCCGUCGCGUCAAUAGCAGAUAUUUUUGUCGGUUCGUUGGUCCUGGCAAGUUUUUGCCAUGAGCACUCACCGAACCGUCGAGGGAUGUGUACAGUAGCCUGGAGCCCUUCAACCUAUAAUCUACAGAGAUUGCGGAGCAAAGGGGCACCUGGCCGCAGACAUUUACCACCCCGACAACCGCCAGAAUAUGCAUGCUCCAGUUUGCAUGUGUCGCAACCUAAAAGAUUGAUAAGCCAUGGAUUGGCACGCACGAAAGACGAUAAUACAGAGGAAGAUAAUAUUGAAUUCGACCCGCGGGAGGAAACGGAAACAGACGACGACUAUAUACCCUUGUGGCCGACAGAGAAUGCGGACACCGAAACAGAAAAGCAACCAGAAAGAUUUGAUUUCACAUUCACACAUGAUAUGGACCGGAGGAUACAUCCAUCAGAUUAUACCAAACCAGAUGUCGACAUAUUGGAGCAAGAACUUCCCCACCAAUCCUUUCCAUCAUGGCGGAACCCCGAGAAAGACAAGCACCUCUCCAUCUCAAAACUGUACCAACGAGCAUUGGCCAAUCAUGACUGGGAAGAAGCAGUGAAUGCUGUGAUUCCAUAUUCGCGUUUCUCAAAACCACAGAAAGACACGUCACGCGAUCAAACAGACAUCGAGUCAGUGGCGGAGCUUGUCAGAACACUGUGGGGAGAACCGGACCCUUCUACUCAAUACCUGUUCAGACUCUACAGAGAUCUCCCUGCACCCGGUGUGGCAGUGCUUUCACAGCGCACCCGCGGUGCUCUUUUGCGUUUGUUUGCGCAUCCUCGUGACCGACGAUGGGUCGAUGCUCGUCGCUACUUGGCAUUGGUGGAUGACAUGGUCUUGGCUAGACUCCUCUCUAUCCCGGUCACUUUGGUCUUCCGCUAUUCAUCUUGCUGGUCGGGCUAA